AAGCAACAAUAAUAAUAGGAAGAAGAAGCAGAAAAGAAACGCCUACAAAUCAGAUCAUCAAAAAGUAUAAAUCAUUAUAAUGCUGUCCCAAUACAUGGAGGAGUUUGAACAGGAGCCCUUUGAAGUGGGCGAGUUCAUAGAACGCCUCACCUGGCGCACCAAUAAUGAGCUGCAAAACAGCGAGGACUUUCAUCCUGUGGCCCUGCACGACACCUUUAUCCAGACCAUUAAGGACCUAAAGAUCCUGCAGGAGAAGCAGCAGAGCAAGUGCGAACGGCUCGAGGAGUCGCUGCGCCAGGAGAAGGAGUCACACGCCAAGAAGAUCGCCAAACUACAGGAACGCCACCAGACGGCCAUCGAUGUGUUCGGCCAGCUGGACGAGAAGAUAAACUCGGUGGCCGGCAAGAUCAUGCACCUGGGCGAGCAGCUGGAGAAUGUGAACACGCCGCGCAGUCGCUCCGUGGAGGCCCAAAAGCUGCUCAACUUUAUGGCCGAGUUUUUGGCCGCCGGACCCGUGAUUGUCAAUGAUAUUUUCGCUGACGCCGCUCGAUUGAGCGAGGCCGCCGAUGUGAUCCAGAAACUAUAUGCCAUCUCGCAAGAUCUGCCGCCCGGGAACUUUGCCGAGUCAAAGCGGAAAAUCGAAAAGAAAUACGACGAAGUCGAACGGCGGCUAAUCGAAGAGUUUGCCACUGCCCAGAAAAGUGAGGACAUCGAACGCAUGAAGACCCUGGCCCAAAUCCUGUCCCAGUUCAAGGGCUACACUCAGUGUGUGGACGCGUACAUCGAGCAGAGCCAGAUGCAGCCGUACAGCGGCAAGGACAUCUUCAUAGGUAUUGUGCCGCUGUGCAAGCACCACUACGAGAUCAUCCAGAAGGUGUUUGCCAAUCCGCAGCAGGUCAUGUCCAAGUUCAUAUUGAACAUCUACCAGCUGAAGCUGCACCAGUACGCGAUGACCAAACUGGAGGACAAAAAGGACGAAGAGAAAUACCUGCGGACCUUGUACGAACUAUACUCACGCACUCUUAAAUUGUCAACGGAUCUUCAAGUCUACAUGUCCACUAUCGACGACGACUUGCUGCAUAAACUGACACAGCAGAUCUUCAUGAAACAUCUAGCUGGAUAUGCUGAAAUGGAGACCAAAUGCCUAACAGCGAAAUGUUCUACGGAACUGGAAAAGUUCUAUGCCAGCAAGAAGCACCAAAAGACGGCGACCACCAAGGGCUUUCGACGCAACAUGGAAGUGCUGAUAGCCACGCGGGCCAAUAUUAACAUUGCCGCCAUCGAGGACUACGGCGGAGAGACGUUUCUGUCCGAGGAACUAGCUAUCAACAUGCUGCAGGAGGCAAAGGCCUCGCUCAAGCGCUGUCGUCUUUUGUCCAACGAGACUGAGCUACCAGGCAAUGCUAUAAAGCUGAACGAUAUUCUGCUGCGUUUCCUCAUGCACGAGCACGUGGACUAUGCAUUGGAGUUGGGUCUGCAAGCGGUGCCGCUGGCCGAGGGCAGAGUCUUUCCCCAGCUGUAUUUCUUCGAUGUGGUGCAAAAGACUAACAUCAUCGUCCAUCUGCUGGACAAGCUGUGCCACACAUCGGUCAUACCCUGUGUGAGUAAUACUCCCAAGUACUCGGACUACGUUUUCAAAAAGCGUAUUCUGAUGGAACAGAUCGAGACGAAGCUAGAUCAAGGUUUGGACCGCUCCAUCAGCGCUGUCAUUGGCUGGGUUAAGGUCUAUUUGCAGUAUGAACAAAAGAAAACCGACUAUAAGCCGGAGACUGAUGUGGAUACCAUUUCCUCGGCGGCCUGCCUGCAAGUUGUGCAGAACCUACAACCUGUGAUCGUCCAAAUAAAAAAAUGCGUUGAUGGCGAGAAUCUGCAGAAUGUUCUUACGGAAUUCGGAACUCGCCUUCACCGGGUCAUCUAUGAUCAUUUGCAGACUAUGCAAUUCAACACGGCUGGAGCCAUGUGCGCCAUCUGCGACGUAAACGAGUAUCGCAAGUGCAUUCGCGAGCUGGAUAGUCCUCUAGUGACGCAGCUCUUUGACAUUCUCCAUGCAUUGUGCAAUCUAUUACUUGUUAAGCCGCAAAACCUCCAAGAGGUUUGCACUGGCGACACUCUGAACUAUCUGGACAAGUCUGUGGUGCGACAAUUCAUUCAGCUGCGCACUGAUUUCCGAAUCAUCAAGAACACUAAUUACCUGAAGGGUAUUAUUGAGUAAGGAGUCCAGCGCCCGCUUGAGUCACAUUCCGAAAUUUUCCACCUGGCACGGUGCUCUCUGUGGAUUAAUUUGAUAUAUUGAAGGGGACAUCAUCUAAUAAUUAAUUAUGGUUCGCUUUGUUCUUUAACUUUCAAUUAAAGUCGAGUGGCUGGUUACUUUUAUCUACAAA